AUGUUUUUAAUAGAAGUAAAAUCAGUUCUGAUGCUGCUAGGGUUCAUGUCGCUAACACUGACGGUAACGCAACAGCCGGUAUCGAAGAUUUGUAUUCCGAAUAGCGUAGCGUAUACGAUGCUUCCAUGCCAGAGAGAAAUACAGAUCAAAGCAGAUAAGAAUCUGGAGAUGGAACAAUCGCGAUCAGCCUCCUCUGCAAAUCGGUCGUUUUCAUGGAUGAUGGAAAAAUUCGUGAGCCUCGCAGCAGAAAGUGAAGAUAGUGGUGGUGGUGAUGAUUCUUCUUCUUCAUCAUCUUCUUCAUCAUCUUCUUCAUCUUCGGAUUACUGUACUGCGAAGGGGAAGACCUCGCUGAUAUCGCAAGGAGGAAUGAAUCAACUGAACAACUUCAUCUUCGUGUUGGCUGUUAUGCAGAUUGUUUACAGUGUCCUCACCAUGGCGUUGGGAAAGGCCAAGAUGAGGCGUUGGAAAGCUUGGGAGGAAGAAACUCAUACCUUGGAUUAUCAAGUGGCCAAUGAUCCUAAUCGUUUUAGAUUCACAAGGCAAACAACGUUUGGACGUCGACAUAUUAGUUCUUGUGCCACACCACCAUUACUUCUUUGGACGAAAUGUUUCUUUAGACAAUUCUUUCGUUCAGUUGCCAAAGUUGAUUACCUAACCCUUCGUCAUGGUUUCAUAUCGACUCACAUACGUGGAAACACUUCUUUUAACUUCCAAAAGUACAUUGAAAGAUCGUUGCAUGAUGACUUCAAAGUGGUCGUUGGCAUGAGUCCUUUCAUGUGGCUCAUAGUAGUUAUCUUCAUCCUCGUAGAUGUGCAUGGUUGGAAUGCAUAUAUGUGGGUGUCUUUUCUUCCAUUAAUUAUAGUGCUAGCUCUUGGAACAAAGCUUGAAGUGAUCGUAGCAAGGCUUGCCCUUGAGCUUCAACACAAGACCGAUGUGAUCAAAGGAGCCCCAAUGGUUGAACCAAGUGAUGAUCUCUUCUGGUUCAAUCACCCCAAAUUUGUUCUUACCCUCCUUCAUUUCACCUUGUUUAUGAAUGCAUUCGAGCUUUCUUUUAUCAUUUGGGUCACGCUACAAUAUGGGAUUAAAUCUUGCUACCAUGAAAAGUUGGUGGUCAUCAUUAUAAGAAUAGUCUUGGCGGUCACAGUCCAAGUGUUGUGCAGCUACAGUACUCUACCUCUCUAUGCUCUUGUCACACAGAUGGGGUCACAGUUCAAAGCUGCCGCAUUAGAAGAACAUACCGCCAAAGCCAUAAGGAAAUGGCACCAAGAUGUGAAGCAAAAGAGAAAACAGAGUAACCAUCACCAGUACCCCAACGACCUGGACCCAAGCCAACACCAAGAGGGAUCGUCUCCCUUCGUCGCUGGGCGCUUGUCGUCGAUGGUAUUCGAGAGCAGCAGCAAAGCCCAAAGCUCCCAAGAGAUGACCCCUUUCCAUCAUCGAGCCCCCACUUUUUCUGAGCUCAAUUAUCUUGACAUUGUGUCUAAUGAGAUUGUUGAAGAACCCACAGAAACUGCAGCAAUAAAAGAUGAAUCUAUAGUUGUAGAUAGGUCAAUAGGAAUAAAAAUAGGAGAGAUUAGUGAAGUUCACGAAGGAGAAACCGAAACCCAUAUCACAUAAAUUUUGGUUUGAGCUAAAACAUCGACGUUUGUGUGGUAGAAGCCUAUUAUUAUUUGAUUAUGUAUAUAUUGUUCAUUUGUAUUUAUUAUAAAUUUUAGUGAGAAAGGGAGUUAUUAGUGGAA